AAGCAAGUGUUUCACUCAUCAUUUUAUGUGUUAUAGAUUGCCCACUCGAAAACCAUAUAUUAUCAUUGCAAACUUUAGAAACUGAAAACAUGUCUCUGAAGGGUGAGCUGGAGACUGUCAUAGAAACUAAAAACAUGUCUCCGAAGGGUGAGCUGGAGACUGUCAAAGAAACUAAAAACAUGUCUCUGAAGGGUGAGCUGGAGACUGUCAUAGAACUUAAAUCAUCUCCUGAGAAGUUCUUCGGUGUCUGGAAGACCCAAGCCUAUCAUAUCCCCAACCACUCUCCUGACAAUAUCCAUGCAGUUGAUAUGCAUGAAGGUGAAUGGGAAACUGAGGGUUGUAUCAAGAUCUGGAAGUACAGUAUAGAUGGAAAACAGGAGGUCUUUAAAGAGAAGGUGGUAGUGGAUGAAGAAAAGAACACACUGGCUCUCACUGGCCUGGAAGGAGAUGUCAUGACUAGAUACAAACUAUUCAAUCCCACCUAUCAUCUUACACCAAAAGGUGAUGGAAGCUUGGCCAGGCUGAUCGUUGAAUAUGAGAAACUGAACGAGAAUAUCCCAGUGCCAGACAAGUACAUGGAUUUCAUGAUAACUGUUACCAAAGAUAUCGAUGCAAGUCUUAUGAAGGCAUAAUAAUGGAAAGAAGAGACAAUCUUUCCUUUUGAAGGAAGACCUCCUUGAAAGACUUACCUCCUGUUUAUAAAUCCGUGUAAUCAAUAA